UCGUUUACAUGAUCGCCAUUCGGCAUUUCGAUGCGAUAGCAAAUUGCAAACGAAAUAAACACAAAUAUAAUUUAUUUUAAAAGAUUUUACGCUCACGUGCAAGUACCAAAAUUAUAUUAUUUCAAAUCUGGAUGACAAAACAAUGAUUGCGGCUUCUGAACCCCUGGAGUUUGUUCCUCAUGGUAGGACAGUAAUAGCUAAGCAUCCUUGUCAGAUAUACAGUAGAGGACACAAUGUGUCGUUAUCAGAAAACUCCCUACUUUACAAAUUAACAAACUUCGGAAUUAAAGAUGAGAGUCUAUUGGAGGCUAAGGAGGAAGAUCAAGAGUGGUGGUGUAUUCGAGAAGUGUUCUACAGAGUUGAUGAUGAUACGGAUGACACAGAAAACACACAGAAGGAACAGAGAUUUGAUUACUUAGAUUCUUUUCGACCACCGAGUCGUAUAAAGAAUGACUUCAAUAUUUCAAUAAAGUCGGAGCUUCUGAGUGGGUUGAGAAAAGAUGAUAUAGCCUCUGCCGGAACUUCUAGAGGUGGCAGUGCAAAUAGUUCCAGUAAUUUAUCGAAAAAAUUCAAUUUACACUGUGCUCAAAAUAAACGACCCAGAAAAAGGCCUCUAAAUCCUAAAACUGAUUGUUUUUAUGAAGAAGAAUUGUAUGUGAAAGGAUGCACAGCAGUUUGGUCCAAAGGUUUGAUUUCGACACCAGCAAAAAAAUUAUCUGGACCCGAGCACCGUGAAACAAUAGCUUGUUACACAAUCGAAAAUCCUAUUAAACAUGCUGCCUUCGCUGACUUUCACAUAGACAUCAACAACACCAUGUUAAUUGACGCACUGAACUCUCAAAUUGGUGACGUCAAAAAGAAUAUUAAAAUCGAAGAUACAACGGAACAUAUCAAGAAGAAGAUCAUGCCAUCUAUAGUACUUAUAGAUAGUAAAUGUAUGAGGGUGUAUGCCAUCGAUGGCAGAGAAUACAUAACAAGUAUUCCGUUUCAAGUUAAAAAGAUCUGGGCGAUGAAAUAUGGUGUGCUGCUAGAGAAGGAUGCGACACCAGUUUUACAUAACUCAAUGUUGCCUACAUCUUUUCUAAAAUUAAAUGAAUCUCAUAAUAGCUCAUUUUCCAAAUCCCGGACAUUUCCCUUCAAUAUGAGCGCCAGAUUGAGAGCCGAGUCCAUCUCUGGCUACGACCAAGAUUACCCUUUACCGACUUGCUUCUCCUUGUCACAUCCUCUGGACGAAGUCACGCCGAUUCUUAUGAAAUCAUCAGCCCAAGGCUUGCAAUACUAUAAUGAUGGAGAUUUACAAAUUAUAUUCGUUAGCACGCAUCCAAGUAUAAUACUUUUAUACGAUUGGAAAUUACAAACGCACUCUCUAUGGAAGAUCCGGAAAGCUGUUCGGGACGAAUGUUUAGCGAUGUGUCCGAAUAUGAAUUCUUCGACGGCUUUUAGUCAAUCUUGUGAUUUCGUUGGGAGUCCCAUGCACAGCAUGCGGAAUACUAGAAGUUGGACGGCAGGAAGUCCAUUUCAUUCCAAAAAAGGUCCUUCCACACCUUCUCGAUCUAGGCAAAACAGUCCAAUGGCUAACGUUUUCCAUCAACAAGGCCUGUCGCCACAUGCGUCUAUUGGCCAAGCUAGCUCUACGUCCAUGAUGGCCAACACCAUAAACCAGACUCCGCCGUCUCUGCCACUGUACCCAGACAUUUGCUUAGACCACAUAUGGACAGACAGCCAAGUAAUCAGACGAGAUCAAGUCGAAAGUCCAAAUGAUAUAAAAGCAUUCUUGCACACUGAUCUCGUUGGGCAUAACUAUUUGUGUUUCAUGGUAAAGGUGACCGGAGUGACGAGACUGCAAAUAGUUAGGUUGCAGAAAUCUCAUUCGCACGGGCAAAUGUCUAAGACGAAUAUUAUCGUCGGAUCGAUAUCUUCUAUUUUGGCGAAAGACGCGGUCGUUUUGGAGCAUUUGAAAAUGAUAGCCUUGAUCGACGAGUCUGGAAAUAUCAUUUUACAGUCAGGGAACAGCUUCGUUGGCAAGGUACACGUGGGUGGUAUUUUGGCAAGAUUGAUAGACUCCCCGUACACCAAGCGAAACACAUUCCAGUCACCGUUUCCGAGGCGGAGCAGCCUGCUGCCGACUCGGUGCGAUACGAACACGUUCGACGAUUCCGCGUUACAUCUUCUGUCGCCCGUGCCGCAUUCAUCGGCAUCGAGAUUAGAGCAAAAGGAAAACUUGGGCGUGCGGCGGCUGUGCGACGCGGCGGGCGCGCGCGUGAGCGUGUGGUCGGAGGCGGCGCAGCUGUACCGCAUCGCGCUGCCCGAGCGCGCCUGCUCGCCGCUCGUGGCGCGCUGCUGCGCCGCGCUCGCGCACGCGCCGCCCGCCGACGUCACCAUGCAGGUCAUCAUAAAAUGGUACGGCGUACGAAACGCUCCAGGAACGCAAGAUCUGACACCCGAGCAAGAGUGGGUCAUGUUUUCCAAUCUCAUUUUAUCUUUAAUCGGCUACGAUGUGGAGAAACUGUCUCAGAGUCGACAUAAUGACGAGGAACACGUCGAAGUGGUCACGAAGAAGCAGAGAACUUCGAGCGACGGAACUCAAGACGAUUGGGAAUACAUGCUAAAUUCCAAAAUGCACAAAACAAUGGGAAACUCCCUCGCCAACAUGCUGAACUUGCACCAAAUACAAGCGGAAACGAGACAUUCGCGAUCGACCAAAAAACGAGACGAGGAAAACGAAAAACCUACACAAUUUAACACCAACUCCCUACUUUUCCCAUACACGGUACAAGUUUUCUACGCUUUCCAUUUGGCGUACGAAGAUAUUAAAUUGAACACGCUCCUGGCGAGCGACCUAAGCCCCCUGUCCACUUUUCUUUACCAAAUAUCGAAAGAUCUGGGCUUGGACAAUUACGUUAAUCAUUACUGGUUAGAUUUUCCAACGGAAUAUAACUACGAAUACGAUCAAAACGACUCGCAGAUGUCCGAGGCGGUUCUGAAGAAAUUGACCCAGCCGAACUAUUUUAGCACCGAGCCACCCAAUAUAUUUCAUUAUAUAAAUUCAAUGUUAAAGGAAUUGGACGUCGGAUACUAUCCGUUUAUGCCGGACGUGAAUAAUAUGUCCAGGGAUAUAAUCGAGAUCCUGUCGACGGUGGGGUACGGCGCGAGCGCGGGCGUGCACGCGCUGAGCGCGCGCGAGCCCGUGGCCGCCAGCAGCACGCCGCGCGCGCGCGAGCCCUGCGCGCCCGCCGCCGCGCCCGCCGCCGCGCCCGCCGCCGCCGUGCUGCUCGCGCGCGACCGCGGAAUAACUCCUCGCGAUAUAGACAACUUGCCACCAGCGAUAGCACUUCUGCUGGUGACCAUAUUCAGUCGAUGUAAGAGCGACCCUCCUGCGGACUGGCCCGGAGAGGCUUACAACUUGGUCAUGAGAGAAGACCUCGCGUUGCAAGCAGAGAUAGCGGAUACUAUCAAGUCUACUGAUGAAUAUAUGGAGUCAUUGGCCCUGGAAGUGUUAGAGAAGGACACAGCAUACACUCAAGUAGCACAAGUGUCAACAGAGACGGUGAACAAGAACGAAGAAGAGAGCACCGGCAUGGAACACUUAAACACUAAGCUUUUAAAUUUACUGUAUCCCAGAGACCACAGAAUGACGGAAGUAUUCAACUUACUCCAGUCCUCAAUCCCAGUGACAAUCAACCUCACGCAGAGGCCCGAGGUCUCCGAUCACGACUUCAUCGAGGAGCAAGAGAAACACCUGUACGCUAUCAGUACCAGGACUAUGGCGUUACCCGUGGCAAGAGGCAUGCUGUCGCUGCGCAGCCUGCCCGUGCGGCCCACGGUGCCGCUGUCGCCGCCGCGCCUGUGCGUGUCGGGGCGCGGUCCCCCCCCGCGCUGCUCGGCCGUGGCGCUGGGCGGCGGCGACACCCCCCCGCACUGCCUGCUGUGGCCCAGCUUCCACAACGGCGCCGCCGCCGGCCUGGCGCUCGUGCCCGUCACCGGCGCCAGCAUCCACGCCAGCUGGAUCAUCUACAACAAGCCGCGGGGCACGCAGGACAUGUCCGCCGAGCACGCCGGGUUCCUGCUGGCGCUGGGCCUCAACGGACACCUCCGGGACAUGCCCUUCAUGAAUAUGUACGAGUACCUGGUGAAAUGUCACGAGAUGAUCAGCAUCGGGCUGUUGCUCGGCUUGGCCGCCACCUACAGAGGCACGAUGGACGUACAAGCAACGAAAAUGAUGAGCAUCCACCUGGAGCCGCUGCUGCCGACCACCUCCAUCGAGCUGGACAUCCAGCAAGGCAUCCUCGUAGCGGCGCUGCUGGGCGUGGGACUGCUGUACCGCGGCACCGCGCACGCGCACUACGCGCAGGUGCUGCUAAACGAGAUCGGCAAGCCGCCAGGCCCCGAGCUGGAGAACUGCGUGGAGCGCGAGGGGUACGCGCUGGCGGCGGGGCUGGCGCUCGGCCUCGUGUGUCUGCGCAGCGGGGGCUCCGCGCCGCACCUGGCGCACAUCGCGCCUCGCCUACGCACCUACAUGCUGGGGGGGGACAGCAAGCCCAACGGGACGUGCAAGGAGCGCAAGGGCGGUUCGCUGAACCUGGACGUGACGUCACCGGGCGCCACGCUGGCGCUGGGCCUGCUGUUCCUGCGCACGCGCAGCGCCGCCGUGGCCGCGUGGCUGGCGCCGCCGCGCACCGCCUACCUGCUCGACUUCGUGCGCCCCGACCUGCUCAUGCUCAGGGUCAUCGCCCGCGGGUUGGUGAUGUGGGACGACAUCGAGGCGAGCGAGGAGUGGGUGGAGAGCCAGGUGCCGUCCACUAUCAAGCCCUACUGCUUCGUGAAACCGACGGAGGAUAAUAUCGACUACGAGGCGAUGAACCAGGCGUACUGCAACAUCAUCGCGGGCGCGUGCUUCGCGCUGGGGCUGCGCUUCGCGGGCUCGGGCUGCGAGGCGGCGCGCGACGCGGCGCUGCACUACACGGCGCUGUUCCUGCGCCUCGCCGCGCGCCCGCUGGCCGACCUGGCGGGCGGCUCCACGCUCGAGGCCUGCACCUGCGUGUGCCUGCUGGCCGCCGGGAUGAUAAUGUCGGGGCGCGGCGACGUGAGCGUGCUGCGCGUGUGCCGGCGCCUGCGCGCGCGCGUGCCCGUGGCGCCGCGCGCCGCGCCGCCCGCGCCCGCGCCGCUCACGCACGGCGCGCAGAUGGCGGUCCACAACACCAUCGGGCUGCUGUUCCUGGGCGGCGGCCGCUGCACGCUGUCCAGUUCCCCGGAGGCCGUGGCCGCCCUGAUCACGGCCUUCUUCCCCAAGUUCCCCACGCACAGCGAAGACAACAGAUAUCACCUGCAAGCCUUCCGCCACCUGUACGUGCUGGCCGUGGAGCCUCGCCUCAUCCUACCUCGUGACCUCGACACGGGGAAGCUCUGCUAUGCUCACAUACAAGUAAUAAAUCUGGAAGGGGUUGUUAAAGAAAUGAAAGCCCCCUGUAUAAUACCAGAGCUAAACACUCUUAGAGAGGUCAAAAUAAAUGAUCCUCGGUAUUGGCCGAUUACCUUCCACAGAGACCAUAACUGGGAUCAACUAAAAACUUUCCUAGAAUAUACGUGGUGUGUCGAUAUCAAGCAACGCGCCGGUUGCCUCUCAUAUCUCGAUGACCCUGACGGUUUUCUGACGAUCCUAACCCAAACUCUCACCUUGGACAAGUCCAACAUCUGGUCCGUGACACCGGAGAAUAUAGAACUGUUCACGAAUGACGAAAAGGUGAAGAACUUCGUGAAGCACUAUUUGAACAAGAACGUGAACGGCUCCGAUCUGUGCGGCGACUGCCUGCUGCUGCACAGGAAGCGCAAGGGAGUCAAGAGCGACGCACAACUGCCGCGCCAGUGCCUGUGCCGGAAGUACACGCGGGACGAGCGGGAGUACCUGCAGGGGCUCGCCAUGUUGGUCUACGAGUGCGUCGUCAAGGACAUCAUGUGCGCACUGCCCAUAUGGACCACCUUCAUGAAGAUAAUCAAAACGAUGAAGACCGAACCGACCACCUAUCACGUCUGGCAAAUAAAGCUGCUCCUGUCGCUGAUCGACGGCCACAACGAGCGGACCGCCAGCGAGAUGACGAUCGACGGCCUCGACGCGCAGAACGACCCGCUCAUCUCGACCGAGUUCACGUCCGCCGUCCGCCAGCGGGUCGCCGCCAUCUUCGACCGCUGGGAGCCGCGCAUCACGCCCUACCUGCGCAAGCACCUCGGCCUGCCCAGCGGCCGCUCGGCCGCCGCCGGCGACGACGACACGCGCCGCAUCCUCGCCGCCUUCCUCGUGCGCCACGAGCUGCCGCGCGGCGCGCUGCGGGCCGCCGCCGCGCCCGGCGCGCCGCCCCCCGCGCUCGCGCCCCCCGCGCCCGCCGCGCCCGCCGCGCCCCCCGCGCCGCCGCUCGAGCCCGCCGCCCGCGCGCUGGCGCUCGCGCUGCUGCGGUGA